AUGGUUUUAGUUUUAGAAUUCUGGGAAUGUAUUAAAAUCAAGCAUAACAUCUCGUGAGGCCAAGAGCCUGGUGUUUUCAGCUCCUCCAAGAAAACCCAGAGCCUCCUCUCUCUCUGCCACAACAAAGGAUUCUCGUGAGGAAGAGCUCUUAUGUUUCACGAGUUUCAUAUUCAUACCCAGACCUCAAACAUGUUCCCGUUUCCAUGUUUGAACUCUCUUCUCCACCUUCAAAUACCCCCCCGGAUCCGCUGCAAGAUCAUCAGAUUCCAAGUAUCAGUCUCUUCUCCAUGGAACCCAAAAUACAGCUUUUCUUCUCUGCUCUUUGUGUCUGUUUGGUUUCCGUAUAUGGAGACACUCUGCAGACUUACAUUGUUCAGUUGCACCCACAAGGUGUAACCAGCUCCUUGUUUCCUACUAAGCCUCAUUGGCAUCUCUCGUUUCUCGAACAAACGCUUUCCUCCGAGGAAGACCCUUCUUCUCGUCUCCUUUACUCUUAUGGUUCCGCCAUUGAAGGGUUUGCAGCUCUGCUGAGUGAAACUGAACUAGAGUCGUUGCGAAGUUUGCCUGAUGUUGUUGCUGUUAGACCCGACCGGCUGCAUCAGCUUCAUACCACUUACUCUUACAAGUUCUUGGGACUUGGCAACAGUUCAAAUGGUGCGUGGGUUAAAUCCGGAUUCGGUCGUGGAACAAUUAUCGGGGUGCUUGAUACCGGUGUUUGGCCCGAAAGUCCUAGUUUCGCCGAUGACGGAAUGCCACUUGUUCCGAAAAAGUGGAGAGGGAUAUGCCAAGAAGGGCAGAAUUUCAAGGCCACGAGUUGUAACCGAAAACUCAUUGGUGCAAGGUUCUUUAUAAAAGGUCAUCAUGUUUCCUCAGCGUCCCCAUCAGCAAACAUGGUUGAUGAGUAUAUAUCACCCAGGGAUUCCUCCGGGCAUGGGACUCAUACAUCAUCCACAGCCGGAGGAGUUUCUGUUCCAAUGGCAAGUGUGCUUGGUAACGGUGCCGGUGUGGCCCGUGGAAUGGCUCCUGGAACCCACAUUGCAGUGUACAAAGUUUGCUGGUUCAACGGCUGUUACAGUUCUGAUAUCCUAGCUGCAAUGGACGUUGCGAUUGCGGAUGGGGUUGAUGUGCUUUCGCUAUCUAUAGGUGGCUUCCCGUUGCCACUUUUUGAUGAUAGCAUAGCUAUCGGCAGUUUCCGAGCAGUCGAGCAUGGGAUAUCAGUGAUUUGUGCUGCAGGUAACAGUGGCCCACUUCAAAGCUCAGUUGCCAAUAUAGCUCCUUGGAUUGCUACCAUUGGUGCUGGCACACUUGACCGGAAGUUUCCAGCGAUAGUUCGUAUGGGCAACAGAGAAUACGUGUAUGGUGAAUCUUUGUUCCCAGGGAAACGGUUACCAAGCGCCGAAAAGGAACUUGAACUGGUCUAUGUCACUGGUGGAAACAGUGGAAGCGAAUUUUGCUUCAGAGGGUCUCUUCCAAAGGCAAAAGUACAAGGCAAAAUGGUGGUUUGUGACAGAGGUGUGAAUGGAAGGGCAGAAAAAGGUGUAGCAGUCAAAGAAGCAGGUGGUGCUGCCAUGAUAUUAGCCAAUACAGAGAUAAACCUCGAGGAAGACUCAGUUGAUGCUCAAGUCUUACCGGCAACUGAGAUCGGUUAUGAAGAGGCAGUGCGUCUAAAAACUUACAUGAACACUACCCGUCAUCCGAGAGCUCGAAUCAUAUUUGGUGGAACUGUUGUAGGAAGGUCAAGAGCACCAGAAGUAGCACAGUUUUCAGCCAGAGGGCCCAACCUAUACGAUGCUUCAAUCCUCAAACCAGAUGUGAUUGCUCCAGGGGUUAAUAUAAUUGCUGCUUGGCCUCAAAACUUAGGUCCCACUGGCCUUCCAGAAGAUACUAGAAGAGUUAAUUUCACUGUCAUGUCUGGUACUUCCAUGGCAUGCCCUCAUGCUAGCGGCAUCGCAGCUCUCAUUCACUCGGCACACCCAGGAUGGACUCCGGCAGCCAUUAAAUCUGCAAUUAUGACAUCAGCUGAUGCAAACGACCAUAGGGGAAAACCAAUAAUGGAUGGCAACAAACCAGCUGCUGUCUUUGCCAUUGGAGCUGGACAUGUAAACCCCAAUAGAGCCAUCGAUCCGGGAUUGAUCUAUGAUAUCAGGCCAGAUGAAUAUGUUAUUCAUCUUUGCACCCUUGGAUACACAAGAUCAGAAAUCUUUACAAUCACACAUAGGAAUGUUAGUUGCAGUGGGAUUUUAAAGAUGAACAGGGGUUUCAGCCUCAAUUACCCUUCCAUAUCAGUGGCUUUCAAGCAGGGAAUGAAGAGUAAGCUGAUCACAAGGAGACUGACAAAUGUGGGGAAUCCUUAUUCCGUUUAUUCGGUACAAGUGAAGUCUCCCGAGGGAGUUAAAGUGAGCAUCAAGCCCAGAAGGUUGAUAUUCAAGCAUAUCAAUCAAAGUUUAAAUUACAGAAUGUGGAUAACAUCAAGGAAGAAAACUCGAACAAAGAAGAUAAGCUUUGCAGAAGGGGGAUUGACAUGGAUUAAUGCUCACAAUAGCUUCCACAGGGUUCGAAGUCCGAUCUCAGUCACCUGGAAGUAGCAACAGCUCAGCCACCUACCUUUUUUCUAGUUCUUAUUUUAGUUUCUCAUUGGAAUAGCUUGGAAAAAUUCAUGGUAUAUCAAUAUUUGUGUUGAGCAUAUAACAUGUUUAAGUGCGUAGAAAUUCAAAAAUAUUGGCAAAAGCUCUUCAUCAUCAAAAAUGAAGAGUGAAGAAAUAAUAAUAACCACUUUUAUUACUUA